GAGAGACAGGACGCAGCCGGAAGCAUUUACCCCUACCUCUCUGGAACACUUUAAGCAUACUCUUGUCAAACAAGCCAUAGACAUAACUGCAUACUUAGAAUGACACUGCGCUGAAUGCAGACUGAGGUGUGACUCCUUAGUGAAGUCUGCUACCCACUCUGUCCUAGCAGAGAGGACCUCUCUCUGCUGUGUUGUGAGCCAGACCUAUUUUCUCCGAGCUAUUCUAAUGGCCUGACAUUUAGGCUCGUGUCCCACGAGGUCUACACCACACCCUGACCUCUUUCACGAUGACAGCUCCACACUCUCCUCUCUCCUCCAUGCCUCCCGCUUCUGUCUCAUGUUCUUGAAGCCUCGACAUCCGCACAGGAAAACGCACGCACGCACCCCGGGGAUGGAGGCCAGCCAGCCUCUUUCUUGAGGCCCCUGCUCUGUUUGAAUGAGUAGACCGGACCCAGCCUUCCUUUUCCUCCUCAUCCGAGACGGUCAAAUCAAAUCCCUCCCCCGUUUGGCCCCCUCCUCCCAGCAUCCCUCUCGUCCUCAAGACCCCAGAGAGUCGCACUAACGAGCAAGAUGGCAGCUGGGGUGGCAACAUGGCUCCCCUUCGCCCGGGCAGCUGCUGUGGGCUGGCUCCCUCUGGCCAAAAAGAUCAUGCCCAAGCCUCCCGUGGACAAGAAGAGCCGCAGCGACGAGAUCCUGUUUGUCAACGUGAGCGGCCAGCGUUUCCAGACCUGGAAGAACACCCUGGACCGCUACCCAGACACCCUGCUGGGCAGCUCCGAGAAGGAGUUCUUCUACAACGAGGACACUCAGGAGUUCUUCUUUGACCGGGAUCCCGAGAUGUUCCGGCACAUCCUGAACUUCUACCGCACGGGCAAGCUGCACUACCCGCGCCACGAGUGCAUCCAGGCCUUCGAAGAGGAGCUGGCCUUCUACGGCAUCGAGCCGGAGAUCAUCGGCGACUGCUGCAUGGAGGAGUACCGCGACAGGAAGAAGGAGAACCAGGAGCGGCUGGCCGAGGACACGGAGGCGGAGAACGCCGGCGACGCGCCCCUGCCGCCUGACAGCACGGCGCGCGAGCGGCUGUGGCGGGCCUUCGAGAACCCCCACACCUCCACCAUGGCGCUGGUGUUCUACUACGUGACGGGCUUCUUCAUCGCCGUGUCGGUCAUCGCCAACGUGGUGGAGACGGUGCCGUGCCGGCCUAUCAAGGGCAGCGUGAAGGACCUGCCCUGCGGUGAGAAGUACGGCCUGGCCUUCUUCUGCAUGGACACGGCCUGCGUCCUCAUCUUCACCUUCGAGUACCUGGCGCGUCUGUUUGCCGCGCCCAGCCGCUGCGACUUUGCGCGCUCCGUGAUGAGCGUGAUCGACGUGGUGGCCAUCCUGCCCUACUACAUCGGCCUGGUGAUGCCCGAGAACGAGGACGUGAGCGGCGCCUUCGUCACGCUGCGGGUGUUCCGCGUCUUCCGCAUCUUCAAGUUCUCCCGCCACUCGCAGGGCCUGCGCAUCCUGGGCUACACGCUGAAGAGCUGUGCCUCCGAGCUGGGCUUCCUCCUCUUCUCCCUCACCAUGGCCAUCAUCAUCUUCGCCACCGUCAUGUUCUACGCCGAGAAGGGCACCAGGGGCAGCAGCUUCACCAGCAUCCCAGCGUCCUUCUGGUACACCAUCGUCACCAUGACCACCCUGGGGUAUGGGGACAUGGUUCCUAGCACCAUUGCAGGGAAGAUCUUCGGUUCCAUCUGUUCUCUAAGUGGGGUUCUAGUGAUCGCUCUCCCAGUACCUGUCAUCGUGUCCAACUUCAGCCGCAUCUACCACCAGAAUCAACGAGCCGACAAGAUGAGAGCCCAACAGAAAGUACGCCAGGCUAGGAUUCGUAUGGCGAAGAAGGGAACAACCAACGCCUUCCUACAGUACAAAGAGGAUGGAGGGUUAGAGGACCGUCAUAACGAUGACAGUGCAGCUCUGUGUCUGAAGAACAGGUCCGCCUUCGAACACCAACACCAUCAUCUGCUCCACUGCCUGGAGAAAACCACAAGUCACGAGUUUACGGAUGAGAUGACCUACAGCGAGGUGUGCAUGACCGAGUCCGUGGGCUUCCGGACCAGCCGCAGCACUUCCAUCUCCAGCCAGCAGGGGGUGCAGCAGUCCACCUGCUGCCCGCGCCGGGCCAAGAGGAGGGCCAUCCGUCUGGCCAACUCUACCGUGUCUGUCAGCAGGGGCAGCGUCCAGGAACUGGACACGCUCCACAUCCAGAAGACCACCACCAUCCCUCAGAGUCGCUCCAGCCUGAAUGCCAGGACCCAUGACCUGAAGCUGAACUGUGACGACCGUGACUUCACCGCCGCCAUCAUCAGCAUCCCCACCCCCCCGGCCAACACCCCCGACGAGAGCCUGCCCCCCUCCCCAGUCAUCCCAGGGAUCCUGCGGAACUCCCGCGCCACCGCCUUCACCCACGACACUGUCAAGAUCUCCUCCUUAUAACCCUGCCCCUCCGCCCUCCUCCCCCUCUCCCCGCCUGCCCCAACCCCCCCCCCCCCCCUCCCCUCCAGCACAGGAGCACAGAUCCAUGCACAAAAGGAGAGGGAGGGUUGUGUCUGAGCGACUGACUGAAGAACAGGAUGAGGAGGGGUGGGCAGAGAAAGAGGAGGAGGAGGAGAUUAAGCCAACAACGAUAAACUUGCUUCCACAUUCUGCAAACGCUUCACUCCAACACCAACACUAAGUGCCCUGAGUGGGCAGGAUAGGAGGCAUUGAGCAACAAGAAAACAAAUCAAUCAUUUGAACCGAAAGUUCUCGAACCAGUGUGACGUUCUACGGGGACUAUGUGACAGAGCUUCCUGUGGGCGUUGCCAGGAUGGGGCCAAGUCAGCCCUCGAUACAAGGGGGUCCUUCAGAGGACCAAUCUCUAGAAAGCAUGGUGCUUGCAAACACCAAGGUCAUGGGAAUUAUAACUUCUAGCAGACAAUGUAUGCAAUUAUGAAAUCCUAAGAGCAUGUGUGUGUGUGUGAGAGAGGAUGUGGGCUGCCAAGCUGCUGACAGAAGGUUCAGAUCCAGGAUAGGACCUGUGGACACGACCCAUCUGCUGGGACAGACCAGAUCACCUCAGACAGGACUGACACACUCAUGGUCUGCUACACAAACACUACAUGAGGAUAUGGUCAUGGCAGAGAAUGGCACAGUACAGCACAGUAGUGGUAUGGAAUGGGACGGUCGGUGUUUUUCAACAAUGUUCUUCCCACACAGGCAUUGAAAGCCUUUUCCUUUUCAAGAUAUGCAACGUUAGAACAAGCAGGACAAAAUUACUAUACAAAACGUGUGUGUAUAAAACUUUGCAGGGAAAGAUUACGAUAAAGACCAUAAUAAUAAAAUGCUGAAUUAUACAGAUACAUGAACAUCUUUAACCGGGAGAACUCUUUGUUAAUACCUGUAUUCUGCAGUAGAUAUCUUCACACGCGUCAUCCACCAUGACAGAGGUCGGUGGCUGGAGAGAGAGAGUACAUAUGUAACAUAUUUGGUGUCAUACUUCUGUAGGUCACAUUGCAUCAUCAAACCUUUCCCAAAAAAUGUAAAAGGAGCGUUGGCGUUGCAGAGCUGCCUGGCGUCUUCCCCUGCAUGACCCUGUACAGUGGAGGAAGCGGCGGGCUUUGAUUGGGGCUGCCACCCAGGCCCCGCCUCCUCCGUUUGCAUGGAAACCUUUUUGUUUCUCUCAGAAUUGUUUGUUUUCCUUUUUCCUGAUAUUUGUGACAACAACCUUGUAGAGAAAACAGACUGGGAACUGUAGGAGUGCUUUCGCCAGACCUGUGUGUUUGGUCCCAAUUUUAAAAAGACAUAUAUAUAUAUAUAUAUAUAUGAAACAUUCAGGCAUGUUCCUCGCCAGAAUGCAAUGUGGGUGAGUGAGUAAUGAGUGUGCGUGUGAUUGUGUGUGUAUACAUCUAUGUUCAUGUGUGUACGUGAGGUAGCUAGAUAGAGUGGACUGUUGGGUGUUAAUCGAUCACAAAUAUGCAUGGAUACCGUUGUAGGUAUUAUUCGUGUUUUCUCCCAGAGAAGUAGAAGGAGGAUCAGUGGCAGUGAUGUCAAUCAGGGGGGGUCAAAACAUCUACAGUGAAAGGUCAGGGUUCAAAGGGAGAGUAACCAAGGAACAUUUUUUGUGUCAGAGACCUCAUGGAUCCAUGUUCUGCACUGUGGCACAGUUGUCCUGUCAUGGGCCACAGGCAUGAUGCAUCUGACUCUUGUCAUCGUCCUUGAGGUGAAUCCUGAAGUGAACAAAGCCUGUGUGCUCAGUAAUGUCAUAGAGACCUUCUUUGGGUUCUUCUGUUCGAUCAUCAUGGAGUGGUGCUGUACAAUGUUUUACAGGUGUGUGCGAUGCACACACUAAGUCUGUUCAACUUGCUGUCCGUUUUACAGAGGUUUAUUUAGACUCUGUAGCUUUUUUUGUUUUGAAUCAGCAAAAUUUCACUUGUUGUAUAUUUGACACCAUGUUUGUGACUGCUGUUACUUUUGUACUUUACCACACUGAGAAUCCUGGAUCAUUUUCUUUCUCCGUUGUGACAAUUUAAUUAGCUUUUUGUUCAAUAUUUGUACUUGUACACAACAGCUGUAUCUUUUGAUAUAUCAUGACAUAUAUUUGAUUAUAUUGUUUCUAUAAUUUAACAGCUGGUAUCCUGUUUCAGAGGGUGAGCACUGCAGUAGGUAUGUCUGCAGUACUGACACAGUAGGAUGCAGAUGAUGUGUAUGCAGCAUCAGCCUUCUCCCACACACACACACACACACACACACACACACAUACACACACUUCCAAACAUUCAGCUCUUUAUGAUACAGUACAGUCUGCAGGAAGCCGUUUGGUGAUCUUCCCGACAUCAGGGUUCCAGAGGAGUGUGAUUGUCGUGUCACAUGGAUGCUGCAUGUUAGAGGUAGCUCUGCUGACAGGUGUGUGAGUGAGGAACACUUGACCUCGCUGGGCGUGGACCACUUCUA